UUUUUUGUUAAUGGGCAUGAAAAACUCGUUAAUUAACCCCAACCAAAUAGAUCCAAAAAUUCCAUGGCUUGGCGUCUCCUCCUUAACAAAACCCAUGGACCCAACUCCUCUCUCGCCAAAACCCUAGCACUAGCCAUAUCUCCUCAGCCUUCGGUACGCCCACUCCUUAACCCUAACCCCUUGAAGCAAUUUCUCACCUCUCCAUUCUCCACCUCCUUCCUGGUCACCAAAACCCCCAAAAAAUUCAAGAAAAAACGCACAAAGAAAGUAAGUCCCCGCACCCAACUGGUUCAAUCGGAGCCCAAUCGCAUUUCUCACUUCGAGCACAUCGUCGAGCGCGACGCCUUCCUUCGAUUCGUUACAAAGUCCAAGGACUUCCUCUCCAAGCAGCCCGAACAUGUCCUUCGCCUCGACGACGCUGGCAAGCUCCACCGGGAGCUCGGCUUCCCCCGGGGCCGCAAGGUCUCCCGCUUCAUCGAGAAAUACCCUUUGCUCUUCCAGACCUACCGCCACACUGAUGGAAAAAUGUGGUUCGGGUUCACGGAGCUCAUGGAGGACUUGCUCGAAGAGGAGCGAGCCAUCGCGGACUCGAUGGAGGUCGAUAGGGUCAAUAUCGUGCGCAAGUUGCUCAUGAUGUCCGCAAAUAAGCGUAUUCCAUUGAGCAAGAUCUACCAUUGCAGGUCGUUGUUUGGUAUACCGGAGGACUUUCGGGACCGGGUAGUCAAGUAUCCGAACUAUUUUCGGAUUAUAGUUGAGGGAGAUGGAAAGAGAGUGCUUGAAUUGUUGAAUUGGGACCCAUUGCUGGCGGUGAGUGCGUUAGAGAGGGAAUUUAUAGUCGACGAGGAUAAGGUUAAGAGGGCGUUUAAGUUUCCAGUGAAGCAUGGAAAGGAUCUGGAUUUGGACGAGGACGAUACAAGGAAGCUCAAUUUCUUGAACACGCUUCCGCUGGUGUCGCCCUACUCGGACGGGUCGAGAUUGGAUAUUUGGACGUUGGAGGCGGAGAAGUAUAGGGUCGGGGUUUUGCACGAGUUCUUGAGCUUGACAUUGGAGAAGAGGGCUUCUAUACAUCACGUUGUGGAGUUCAAAGAGGAGUUCAGCUUAAAUAAGCACACUUACCGGAUGCUUUUGAAGCAGCCGAGGACGUUUUAUUUGGCGGGGACGGAAAUGAACUGGGUUGUUUUCUUGAAAGACGCGUAUGAUGAAAAUGGGGUUUUGAUAAAGAAGGACCCGCAGGUGGUUUUCAACGAGAAACUGUAUAAAAUUGCUCAAAUGCUCGAACUGGAGCCGGGUUUUGGUAUUGAGAAGAGAUGAUUUUUCGUUUGCUGAAUCAGCGAGAGAUCGUUAAGGCCGUUCUUAGGCUCUCUUACCGUUGUGGACUAGUAUCAUCACUCUUCACACAAGGAUAAUUAGGGCGGAUCACAUUGUAGAUUUGUGAGGUAUCAUUGAUUGAUAUCUGACAUUUUUGUGUUGUGUUCUUGUACCAAUCUUCUGGAAAAUAUGGCAUUCCUUAUUUAUAUCCCCACCACUGAAAUGCAUUAACUCAAUUUUUCUGAA